UCCUACAGGGGGUGCAAAGGGCAGAAGUGUUCCCCGGUGGGCGGGGUUAAGGCUGGGAGGGCGGUGCUGAGACUAGGGGAGGGCUCCAGAGGGGCAGGCCGAAGCCUUGGCGGAUGGAGGGGCCUUCUCCUUAGAGUCAGAACAAGCGCCCAACCCGGGGCCCCGGGGUCGCAGACAUGGAGCUGGAGGACGGCAUGGUGUACCAGGAGGACCCGGGGAACUCCACUAUUAUGUCUGAACGAGUGUCUGGUCUGGCGGGUUCCAUAUACCGCGAGUUCGAGCGGCUGAUCGGCCGAUAUGAUGAGGAUGCGGUGAAGGAGCUGAUGCCCCUGGUCGUGGCGGUGCUGGAGAACCUGGACUCUGUAUUCAGCCAGAACCAGGAACACGAGGUGGAGCUGGAGCUGCUCAGGGAGGAUAACGAGCAACUCAUCACCCAGUACGAGCGAGAGAAGGCGCUCCGCAAGCACGCAGAGGAGAAAUUUAUAGAAUUUGAAGACUCUCAAGAGCAGGACAAGAAAGAUCUUCAGACCCGAGUGGAAAAUCUGGAGUCACUGACCCGGCAGCUCGAGCUCAAAGCGAAAAACUAUGCAGAUCAAAUCAGUCGGUUGGAGGAGAGAGAGGCAGAGCUAAAGAAGGAGUACAAUGCUCUCCAUCAGAGGCACUCGGAGAUGAUCCAUAAUUACAUGGAACACUUGGAACGAACCAAACAGCAUCAGCAGCUACUAGGUGGCGACCAAUUGGAAUCUACCUUGCACAGCAAAAUUCGGAAAGAUCGUCCAAUCUCACUCGGAAUCUUUCCACUGAACCCUGGCGACUCUUUGCUCUUACCUGAUAGUCAGGGUGCUGAGACAACAGGGAACGGGCCAUGGAAACACCCAGAUCCAAACCAACCUCGCUGCAAUACCAGUUUGAAGGAUGAAAUCUUAAAUAUCGGCCAAGCAGGUGCCAAAACUGGUGGUGCAGACACUGACAAUAUGGUGCACUCUUCCUCAAAGCCACACAAGGACGACAUAAGUAUGAAGUCCAAGUCGCAUAAAGAUGAUGUCUUAAAGGCAAACCUGGCCAACAACAAUGUCCAGAACAACAACAAGGGUGAUGGUGCUCCGGAAGCCACAGCGCCAACCACUGUUUCUGAAGGUACCAAUGACAACAAGGAAAAAUCAGAGGUUCAGUCAAUCAUUGAGUCGACCCCUGAGCUGGAUAUGGACAGAGACCCCAAAGGAUAUCAGUUAACUAGCACCCCAACAAAAGGCAUAGAAAAUAAAGCAUUUGACCGCAACACGGAAUCGUUAUUCGAGGAGCUGUCGUCUGCCGGGACUGACCUCAUCGCCGACGUUGAUGAAGGAGCAGACUUGCUAGGCAUGGGCCGUGAAGUGGAAAACCUUAUCUUAGAAAACACCCAGCUUCUAGAGACAAAAAAUGCCCUAAACGUUGUCAAAAAUGACUUGAUAGCCAGAGUGGAUGAGCUGGUGUGCGAGAGGGAUGUUCUGCAAGGGGAACUAGCAGCUGUGAAGCUGGCCAAACAGAAGGUGGAGGAGAAGAACAAGGAACUGGAAGAGGAGCUGAGGAAAGCCAGAGCGGAAGUGGAAGAAGCUCAACAGAAGGGAAAAGAUGAAGAAGAUAGUGACGUCCCUACGGCACAGAGGAAGAGGUUCACCCGCGUUGAGAUGGCCCGGGUGCUGAUGGAGAGAAACCAGUAUAAAGAGAGGCUGAUGGAGCUGCAGGAGGCCGUUCGAUGGACUGAAAUGAUUAGAGCCUCUCGAGAGAAUCCAGCCAUUCAAGAAAAGAAGAGAUCAAGCCUUUGGCAGUUUUUCAGCCGACUGUUCGGCCCUUCAGCCACAGUGUCUAAAAAGCCAGACACUCCUGUGAACCUCAAGUACAAUGCGCCAACCUCGCAUAUCACGCCAUCCGUCAAGAAGAAGAGCAGCGCUCUCUCCAAACUUCCCUCCGAUAAAUCCAAAGCCUUUGACUUCCUCAGUGAGGACCAGUCUAGUGGGAAUGAAACUGCUCUGGCAUCACGGCGAGAACAGAAGCGUGAGCAGUACAGGCAGGUGAAGGCACAUGUACAGAAGGAAGAUGGGCGGGUGCAGGCGUUCGGCUGGAGUCUUCCACAAAAAUAUAAGCCGGUGGCAAGUGAAGGACAGAAUGAAAGCAAAAUGAGGAAUCUUCCCGUCCCUGUUUAUCUGAGGCCUUUGGAUGAGAAAGAUACUUCCAUGAAGCUGUGGUGCGCUGUGGGAGUCAAUCUGUCUGGUGGAAAGACAAGAGAUGGAGGUUCAAUUAUUGGCGCCAGCGUUUUCUAUAGUGACGCUCCUGGAGUGGAACUAGACCACCAAAAACACCGAAGUGACUCUCAGAACAGCUUGGAUAAACUUGAGCAGGAACUUACGGUACAACAGAAGGAACUGCGGCAUCAGGAUGAGCUAUCAAGCCUUGUGUGGAUUUGCACCAGUACUCAUUCCUCCACUAAAGUCAUCAUUGUGGAUGCUAAUGACCCAGGGAACAUGCUGGAUAGUUUCAUUGUCUGUAACUCUCACGUCCUCUGCAUUGCAAGUGUUCCAGGGGCUAUGGAAACCGAUUACCCCACAGGAGAAUCAUCAAAGCCGGAAUCGGAAACAGGCCAGACAGAUAAAACGUCAUUGUCAGAAAGUCUGCUGAGCAGCGGGUCCUCGGGGGCGGAGAAUAUUGCAGUGGGAGUCAAAGUGGGAGGGGCAUCGCCGGAGGAUAUAGAGCCCUGUGCUGUUCAAACACCGAGUGUCCUACCAGCUGAAGAGGAAAUCAGUCAAGAUCCCGAUUCCGCAAGCCAGCAACUGGACGACAACGUGGCAACAGCCGAAGAAGCAACAGAGGACACUGAAGUCGGAACUGGCUCCAACGAUGACCUGGCUGACAUUUCCCAAACAGGAGUUUAUACAGAGCAUGUGUUUACUGAUCCCCUGGGUGCACAGAACACAACAGAGGACACAUCAGGCUACCAGCCUAGUAAUGAUUCUGACCUGUAUAAAGAUGGUGUCGCCACAUUACCAACCGAGCAAGACCUGAUGAGGGAGGAAGCCCAAAAAAUGAACAGCUUGUUGCCUACAAUGUGGCUCGGAGCCCAAAAUGGAUACUUAUACGUUCAUUCUUCUGUUGCUCAGUGGAAGAAAUGCCUUCUGAAUAUCAAGUUAAAAGAUUCCAUACUCAGCAUUGUACAUGUUAAAGGAAUAGUAUUGGUUGCUCUAGCUGACGGGACGCUGGCAAUCUUCCAUCGAGGAGUUGAUGGCCAGUGGGACCUCUCAAACUAUCACCUCCUUGAUUUUGGUCGACCUCACCAUUCCAUUCGCUGCAUGAGCGUGGUGCAUGAGAAGGUGUGGUGUGGGUACAGGAACAAGAUUUACAUUGUGCAGCCAAAAACCAUGAAAAUAGAGAAAUCAUUUGACGCCCAUCCAAGGAAAGAGAGCCAAGUUCGGCAGUUAGCAUGGGUUGGAGAUGGCGUAUGGGUUUCUAUCAGGUUGGAUUCAACUCUGCGGCUGUACCAUGCGCACACGUACCAACAUCUGCAAGACGUGGACAUAGAACCGUAUGUCAGUAAGAUGCUCGGUACAGGAAAGCUUGGCUUCUCCUUUGUACGGAUAACUGCACUAAUGGUGUCGUGCAAUCGCCUAUGGGUAGGCACUGGCAACGGUGUGAUCAUAUCCAUUCCAUUAACAGAAACUGUAAUACUGCACCAGGGACGGUUACUUGGGUUAAGGGCCAAUAAGGCAUUAACUGGCUCGGGAAACCGGCCAGGCAGUGUGAUACGCGUCUACGGAGAUGAGAACAGCGACAAAGUCACGCCCGGCACAUUCAUUCCGUAUUGUUCAAUGGCGCAUGCCCAGCUGUGUUUCCAUGGACAUCGCGAUGCCGUGAAAUUCUUUGUUGCUGUUCCAGGUCAGGUCCAUGGUUUCGACAGCAGUGGAACGUCUGAAAUGGCAGCAGAAAAGAUGGGAGGAUCACAACAAGAAUUGUCCAGCCCAGAUCAACCAAAGUCCAUGUUGGUGAUGAGCGGAGGGGAGGGGUAUAUUGACUUCAGGAUGGGGGAUGACGGGGAAAACUCUGAACUCCUAGACGAUUCGCUACAAUUCGAGCCUUCUGUGGCCAAAGUAGAAAGGAGUCACCUAAUAGUCUGGCAAGUCAUGUGCAGCAGUGAAUGACCAGCAAGACGGACAAACACUAUAUAUGUAUUUUUUUUGCAUGUUUUUUUUUUUUUUUUCUUUACCUCCUUUUAUCAGAUAUUUUAACAGUUGAUAUCUGUAUAAAAAAAACAAACCAUAAUGGUAUUAACAUUGAAAGUCUUGCUGUAACAGACAGCGGGGCUCAUUUAUCAACACUGGGCAAAUUUGCCCAUGGGCAGUUACCUAUAGCAACCAAUCAGUGAUUAGCUUUUUGAAGCCAGCUGCAAGUAGAACAAUGAUUGCAGCAAUUUGAUUGGCUGCCAUGGGUUACUGCCCAUGGGCAAAUUUGCCCAGUGUUGAUAAAUGACCCCUUUUUCCACUGAUUUUUCCCAGCAUCCCCUGUGGUUGCAGAGGGCAUAUCCGUAGUCUUUUUGCACAAUGUUUUUGUCGGUGAUCGGCCGGGUGCUGCAGAACUACCCCCCCUAUUGGGAUUUGGGGUGUUUUUAGUUCAGCAAAGCUGGGCGGGGACACAUUCAGAAUAUCAACAGACAUGGGUGUAUUUCUGAUUGACAACUCCCAGCGUAGCUGACAGGGGCAAUGGGAGUUUUUUUCAUUAGCAGGAUUGGAUGUACUUUUUUUUAAUUUUUACGGUUUCCUGACAGCGACACUUUCUGUUGUCAACAUAUCUGCACUUUGGGGUAAAUCACAAAUAAAGUCACAGACAGUAUCACUUUUGGCUUAUAAAGCAUAAACCUAAUUUAAUAGGCCAGUUAUAGCACAGGUUUUUUUUUCAGCCAAACUAGCAGGAAGGAUUUACAAAGCAGAACAUGGUCUGAAACAGCGGCCCUGGAGUUGGCCUUAGUUGCCGUUUUAGCCCAUUGGGUCUUAAUAGUUAAUUCAUUUUCUAUAUUUAUAGGUUUCAGGCUUUAUAUAAUAAGGCUAUCUGCUACAAACAAUGUCAAUCUGGCAGACCAUGUGUUCUCUCUUAAGACCCAAGAUUCUUCUGUGCACAAACUAAGGAUGGAACGCCUGCAUGCCUAAUAAACUAUAUCCUCAUACUGAGAACCAAUAUGGCAUCUCCCACCCACAUAUAAAUAAACACAGGACUGCUAUGUGCAUCCAAUAGGUUUUACCAUCAUAGACAGUAUAGGAUCCUUUCUAAGGGAGCAAACAUAGAUACACCAUUUUUUUAAAUAGGGUAUUUUAUUUUUUAACAUCUAACUGACUAAUGAUGAGGACACUACGGGCAACUCUUAAGUGCAGGGAGUUAUUGACAAGUGACUUUACCCUAUGAUACACUAUAAAUCAAGUUAUUUCUGAUUUCACUACUAUAUAUAGGAAUUGGCAGCUUUAAAGGAAAUGUAAACCCUAAAAUAGGGAUGUACCAAAUUCAGGAUUCAGCCUUUUUUCAGCAGGAUUCGGCCAAAUCCUUCUGCCCGGCCGAACCAAAUUGUAAUGUGCAUAUGCAAAUUAGGGGUGGGAAGGAAAUUGUGUUUUGUUUUUGUAACAAAACAAGGAAGUAAAAAAUGUUUUCCCCUUCCCACCCCUAAUUUACAUGUGCAAAUUAGAAUCUGGUUCGGACAAAUCUUCCGUGAAGGAUUUGGUGGUACGGCCGUCUCCAAAAUAGUGGAUUCGGUGCAUCCUUACCCUAAAAACAAACGAAUGUCAAAUUUCUUAUUUUUUAUCUCUAGUUUUCAAGAUAUUAGCCAUUUUUACACUUACUGUUUGAAAUAACAGCGGCACCUGCUGUUUAGCGAUGUGUGGGCCAUCCCGACCUAGCACUGCUGGCUUCCAGCCCCUAAAUUUAUAGACUCACCUGCCCCUCCCCUUUUGUGACAUCACUGUGGGGCAGGGGCCUAUAAAUAUAGGUGGAACGGCAGGCUGGUUGGGAGGGGGCGGGGUUAAGGUCAGGUGAGGGUAGGGAAUUUCUUGACCCGCACACCACUACUGCUGUUCAUUUAAGAUGGCAGAAAAUUAAGUUGGUGAAAAGAAGGAAGUUGCUCUGUUUAGAAUUGACCUGGGACAGAUUACUUCUCUCUGCUCGUCAUUCUCUGAGCUUUUAAAUUAAUUUAUAUUCCCUUUAUGCUGCACUGUUUAAAUGUAAGGCUGACUCUUAGAAUCAUAGACAAUAUUUUGACAGUAUUAUGCCCUUUUCAGUAGCUUCCAGUAAAAGCGGGAUGUAAACCCAAAACGUUUGCCUAAUGAAAGAAAAUGUAAUUUUAAGCAACUUUCCUCUAUGCAUUCAUGCUAUAAACGUUCCGUGCUUUUGAAGACAAGUGUUAACAUAACUGGUAAUGAAAACAGUAUCGGCCUGUCCUGUUCUCUGCACUGCUGGUUCUGACUAUUGAAAACAAUGUAGCAGAGUUAAAAUAGUCAUUUUGGGUUUAUAUCGCCUUAUUCACACUGUAAGGCCAAAAACUUUUUUCGUAGGGGAGGGGGGAGCCUUUUGCAGUUUGUAUAUAACACGUGACAGUUGAAGGAGGAGUGUAUGGAGCAUUCUGUGGUGUAAUUAAGCUAAUGAUUUGCUUAUCAAGUUUACCGGCACUUUAUGUAAACAAAUCUUUCUGGAUAGAUCACGUGAUUUACAUUUCACUUUUGUACCAUACAUGAAAACCACUCAAGUGCACUAAAUCAUAAAUCUGCCUCCAAAGGGGGCAGAAUUUGGGAGAGGUCAGACAUGGAGUAUAUUCCAGUCUAAGUUACCCUUUAAUAAGGGCACCUCCACAACUUAAUUUUUUUUUUUUUUUGGACUGCUUUUAUAUAUAUGUUGUGAUGCUUAUAAGGCAGCGCAGUAGCUACGACGUAUGUCUGGAUACGGUUAUUCUGUGUGCACACGAGUUGCUCUGGCGUAUGGAGUUCUGAUGAUCAGCAUAAAAGUGUAAAUAUAUCUGUAUACAAGUUGCCUUUAUUUUUUCCCCAGCCAUUGAGUGACUGCAGAAUAUAUGGGGAUUGUUUGUGUGCAUAGUAAUCUAUUUAUAGAAGUGGGAGCUGCCCUAUUGCUUGAAAUUGGGCCAGAAUGAUCAUAAAUACGUGUUUCUGACUUCAGUUCCAGGUUUUCCAUUGCAACUUCUAUGGUGUUUUCAUAAAGCUGCCAAUUUGAUCCCUACUGACCGAGUUGGCAGCUUAUUGGCUCAUGUAGGGGCCACCAGACAUCAUUCAGGUAGGAGGAUGAGGAGCACAUUGAUGAAUUGAUGUGUCUGACAUGUCUCCAUCGGUCCCUCUGUAUGAUCUGAUUAUUGCUCCUGGGCCCAUCAUAUUAAUAUCAACCUCACCAAAUAAGUCCGGGGUAUUUGCAAAAAAAAGUAGAAAAAAAGUUAGUGAGAGAAGUAACAUCUUGUGGUCUUGCUCUGAAAAUGAAGUUAGUGAGCAGAGAGGAGUCAUCGGAUUCUCUGGUCAGUCUAAAGCAGAGCAUCAUCAUGAGACUUUCCUUUUCUCUCUGACAUAAAAUUCUACCAACUGUAUCCACUCUAGCCAAUAUCUAGAAAAAAAAAAGUGAAAUGCAGAAGUGCUUAGAAGCAAUCCACUUCUUUGUGUAUCCUAGCAACCAGUAAGCUGUUGAAAUUCCAACCUGGAGGGCUGCUGAACAAAAAACUAAAUUCACAAAAAAUAAAAGGAAAACGGCUCAGAACAUCACUGUUUAUGUCAUAUACUAAAAGUUAAUUUUAUAGUGAACUUCCCCUUUAAGCAAAUAGUACGGCUGCUCUGCAGUGUUCUUGCACACAAUACCCUAUACCCCCAUUUAUUAUGUAUAAAUCAAAAAUAAUAAAUGCGACUUGUACAUAUGAUAUAUUUUCCCUUUUUUUUUUUUUUUUUUUUUUU